AUGAGGCCGCCGGAUCCCAUUGGGCAUAUUUUGAAACAAGGAGAAAAUUAUAAGCAAGCUGUGAAUUUGUAUAGAACUGCGAGAGAUGAUACUAGUGGAAAGAAUUUUAUAGGGGCCAGUAGUGCUAUUCUGGUUGAGUUUUGGGGAGUGUUAGAGGGUCUGCAGUUAUCGCUUAAGCUUGGGUACAAUCAAGUGGAUCUUAACGUAGACGUUAUGGAGGUGGCCAAAGCCAUUAAUGAUGGUAAAGUGGGGGUGGUGGAAUGUGUUGCUAUUCUCACAAAAUUUUUGGAGGUCAUUUCUAGUUUUGCAUAUUCCUCGUAA